CAAAGUUAAAUGGUUUGUUUAUACACUACUUAAAAUAUUAGGGCACGCGAAUGCGAUUUUUAAACCCGUUUUUGUUUGAAACCAUCCGGUUCAACAGCGCAUGCCCAAAAUCGCCAUUUUGUGUCGGAAGGAAUUCACUGCAAAGUGUGUUGAAAAAUAUUCUACACACGUUGUAUUUGGCCGAUGGUUGCUACAGUACACGUUCUUCAGGCAUAGAUGGAUGUGCACUAAUUGCUGUAUGUUAGCGUGGUCGCGCGACCUCCCCAUCGUUACGUGAGGUCGAGGGGCGACGAUGAAGCCUGGUAACCUGCGAGACCCGGAGGUGGUGGGUCUCUUCUCCACGGAGGACCCCGACAAGAUCUUCGUCGACCUCCGCGAGAUUGGACAUGGCAGCUUCGGGGCAGUCUACUUCGCAAGAAACACAAUUACUAUGGAAGUUGUGGCCAUCAAAAAGAUGUCCUACAGUGGGAAAGGGUCACAAGAUAAAUGGCAAGACAUCGUGAAGGAAGUGAAGUUCUUGCAACAGUUGCGGCACAAGAACACGAUCCUAUAUAAGGGCUGCUUCCUCAAGGAACACACAGCGUGGCUGGUGAUGGAAUACUGCCUGGGUUCAGCCUCCGACAUCAUUGAAGUGCUCAAGUGUCCACUGAUGGAGACGGAGAUCGCUGCGAUCUGCCACGACGCACUGCAGGGCCUUGUCUACCUGCACAGUCUGAACCGCAUACACCGCGACGUGAAGGCCGGCAAUAUCCUACUCACCGAAAACGGAACAGUCAAACUAGCUGACUUUGGGUCGGGCUCACUGGUGUCUCCUGCCAACUCGUUUGUGGGUACCCCAUACUGGAUGGCGCCGGAGGUGAUUCUGGCCAUGGACGAGGGUCAGUACGACGGAAAGGUCGACUCCUGGUCGCUCGGCAUCACCUGUAUAGAGCUGGCUGAAAGAAAGCCUCCACUGUUUAAUAUGAAUGCAAUGAGUGCAUUGUAUCAUAUAGCUCAAAAUGACUCGCCUACGUUAUCUGGUGGAGAAUGGUCGGACGAGUUUCGCAACUUUGUGGAUUCUUGUUUGGCCAAGUCUCCAGAAAACAGACCGUCGGCAGCUGAUUGUUUACAGCAUGCGUUUUUACAAAGGCCUCGAUCCCCUGAUGUGAUACUGGAGUUGAUACAGCGGACAAAGGACAAAGUGCGUGAACUUGACAAGUCUCAGUACAGGAAGCUGCUGCACCACGAGAUCAGUGGAGGCUAUCCACACAACGCCGGUGAAAAGAUAGAAGUCGGCAAUGACGAUACGUCGUCUGUGGAAGAGGAAGCCCAAGAUGGCAGCCGGUCGAGCAGCAUCACGAGUCAGAACAGCAACUUUACGAGUAGUCAGAGCAGCAUCCCCAGUAUCGGGGGUGCCCACAAUGGAAACAGUUUCGUCCCCUCCUUCUCUGCGUCCAGGGAUAGAAGUGACUGGUCGGUUCCAGCGAGGCGUUUUACCUACAGUUCUUAUAGUCCAAAGCCAUCGACGGGCAGCAAUGAGCGCCACACGAACAACUUUGCGACAAUCCGGACGCGGUCCAUCAUGCUGAACGAGAUCAAGGACCACGAGCAGUCGAACGACCUGAAGGAACAGUUCACUGGCUACAAACGACUCCGCAAGCAACAUCAGAAGGAACUGCAGCAGAUGGAAACGAGAUUUAAGUCUGACAUGGAAGAACACAAACAGAAGUUGGACAAGGAGUACGAAGGGCUGCGGCAGAAGUUCAUGAGGGAAAUGGAAAAACUGAAGUUGCAGCAUACACAGGAGUUGGAAAAAGAGCAAAAAAUGAGUCAACAACAAGAGAAGAAAUUGGAGAAGGAUUUGAAGUCCGACUACGACAAAGCAAUGAAGAACUUCCAGAAGCGAAUGAAACAAUCCUAUCAAACAGAAAAGGAAAAAAAGAAAAAGGAUCUCGACGGAGGGGGUGGCACGCCUAAGAAAGAGCGAGAUGAGCAGAUGAAGUCACAUAAGAACACACUACAACAAAUACACCGCGAUGAGGAGUUCAAACUUGAGCAGCAACAGAAAGACCGGUUUGAGUUCGAGAUGAGGAAGUUCAAGAGGAGAAAAGUUCUCCAGUUCGCCCAGCUGGAACAGAAGCUGCUCAGAGAGGAAUUGAGUCAGAGAAAGGCCCAGCUGGAGUAUGAGCACAACAUGUUGGUCCGGCACCACGAGUCCACUCAAGACCUGGAGUAUAAACAUCUUGCUGCGAUUCAGAAGUUGCGCGACGAACAGCUGAGAAAGCAGCACGAGAGCGAGAGAGAAAAUCAGAAACAGUACACGGCAAGAGCAGAGCAAGACUUACGCAAAAAACAUUCUCUCGAAGUUCGACAGCAGCCUAGGAGUUUACGGGCGAAGGUCAAUCUGAUCCGUAAACAGUUCCACGACGCGCAGAACACUCAGCAGAAGCAGUACAAGGCCCUGAAGGAACACAUCCUGCUGAACACCCCGAAAACCGAGCAGAAAGCCGUCGUCAAGAAACUGAAGGACGAACAGGUCCGCAAGCUGGCCUCGCUCGCCGAGCAGUACGACAUGACCAUCGCAGACAUGUUACAGCAACAGAAUGUGCGCCUGGAUGAGACGCAGGUGGCUCAGGUGCAGGACUUGAAACAGCGCCUGCAGCAGGAGUUGGAGCUGCUGAUCGCCUACCAGAGCAAGAUCAAGAUGCAGACGGAGGCCCAGCACCAGCGGGAACGCAAGCAGCUGGAGGAACGCGUCUCCCUCCGCCGCGCCCUCCUCGAACAGAAGAUGGACGAGGAAAAGGUCCACUUUCAGAAAGAAGAAAAUGAAAGACUGCGUAAGCUGUCUGAGAGACAGAGAAGAGAACUUCGUGAAUUCGAUAUAGAGACAGUGAGCAAGGGACUUAACUGUAACGAAAUUGUCGAGGCGUCGCUUGUACCCGAUGACGAACUCAGUAUCCGCGGGAGCAUGCUCAGUCUAACAGGAAGCAGCAGCAGUAGUUCUUUCACAUCACCGCACAUGCCGACAUAACUAUGGCUUUUUCUUAACAAUCUUCCGUUAACCUUCCCGUCUUUACGACAGACAUGUAGACACUAUACAGAUAUAUAUAUAAAAACAAACACAGUUCCUACAUACAAGGGACAUAUAGAUAACAUGUUGUAAAUGAGAGGGUUUUAACUGAGUGCGCCUGAAAACCAGGCCCCAACAACAGUGUGAUAUUUAACAGACAAUUGCCAGAUUCAAGUCAUAAUUUUUUCAUUAGUUAUGCAACAGAUAACUGACUGCAAUAGCCGAAACUGGUGGUAGAGGUUUCCAGUUUUCAUGAUAAAAAAAAACAGAACAAGACUGAGACUGGUUCACAUAAUUGCAAUAAUUAGUCAAAAUAAUUGCUGAUGAAGUGGGUAACGUAACGCUGGGAAUGCAAAUUGAUCGUCCGUGAUGCAGGAUAUCCCAGGAAGCCAGUCUGUGGUACAGUGGUGGUUUGUGAUAGCUGUGGAAAGAGAUGGAAUAUCUUUUACAAAUGUACAGUCUUACAUCUGUUGAAAGAGAGAGAAUGUCUUCUACAGUCUUUAAUCAAUCAUGUGAUACUCUUCCAAACCAUGUGCUGGUCAGGUCGUCACUUACCUCUGUAAACCGAAUUAGAACGUGUGGUGGCUGCUGUGAAACUGGACACAAUGUUACACACGUACAGAUGGGAUGCGACUCGAACGAAGAUUCUAGACUUGUUUUAUUGAAGUUAUAUUCAAUACUAUAGUCUAAGAUCUGAUUUCUUGUUGCUUCCGAUAGAUAGAUACGAGAGGCUUGAACUUUGAACUAUGCUGGGAUAAACGAUUUACUAGGGACUGUUGAUUAUGUCAAAAAUUAUUUCAAGUGUAAAGCCAUUUGUUUGUAACAAUUUAAAUAUGAUCAAAAGUGAAUCAGUGAUAUGAAAUGCAAAGUUCAGUUGAUCUCUCUUAAACCCGAUUUGAAGAGUCUUCAGUCUAGACUCUUGACUUAAAUAUACAAUCUAGACCAAGUUUAGGUCCCAGUCUAGAUUAGGUUGAAAUCCUACUGCAGACUAUGUAGAUCUGAGUUCAGACUGUUUGAGUCUCCCAUCGAAGACCAAAACGUGUAGCUGUCGGCUAUGUGGGGAAGCAGCCAUUUAUGGGUACAGGGUGUUGAUGUCACUGGGACAAAGAUACAUUUUGGUGGUCAGUGUGGCAGUUGUACAGGAUUGGUGAAUAUGAGUAAUCAGUCAGUUAUGUUGGUAUUGGAACCACAAUUUGUACUAGUAUUUGCUACAGAUUGCUUGUUUUCUUUGUCUUCUUGUAGUGUCAAAUCAUCGGGGCAUGGGGUGGGGGUGUAAUUGAAAGUUUCAGAAUGUUUGGAAAAUACUUAAUAACCCAUAUUAAUUAAUUUUUAAAAAUGGACUCAAUUUAGAAUUGAAGGUUAACAUCAACAUAAUUUAGCUUUCUCAUUGUAUGGCUGGUAAUUGUGAAAAUGUUGAGAUUUCUCUGAAGUAAAAUCAGUCAGUAAGAAGCCAUAUUUCUCUAGUAAAUCAAUCAGUAAGAAGCCAUUCUGUUAGCACGUAGUGUGGAAAACUAUGCAUCCUCUACCUCUGUGUGUGCGUGUGUGUGUGUGAUCGGUAAGACAUUACAUACCCAAGUGCAACAUGAAGACGUGUUUUCAACUUGUGUCUGCUGUGGAACAAUACAGCGUGGAGAGAGCGAGGAGGUGACACGUACUGUGCCUUGUUGUGUACUGUCGAGAGUAACACAAUCUUCAAACAGGAUAUUCACGAGUGCAGUCUUCAAACGGGAUGUUCACGAGUGCAGUCUUCAAACGGGAUAUUCAUGAGUGCAGUACCGGAUGGAGAAGACUGGUGUACAGACGAGCCAUUGUUUCUCACCCAGUACGGUGUGUUAUGUGGUGGCCCUCUCACUACCUUGUUGGUGUACAGUGAUGACCAUGGAAUAUGGUGAUUGGUAGAGAUGACCCUAUGCAUGUGUGCCUUGUGCUGUACAGUAAGUUGAGUGGCUCGAUGCUUGAGUUGAUGUUCAUACACUGUGAAACAGAGUACAGAGAUUGGCAUUAUUAAUGACUGUUGUGUACUGUAUGUGUACUGCUGAUCAGUAGCAGCACCUUGAUAAGUACAGUGAUAUGUUUUGAGUAUAUGUGUACAAUCCUUCCCCCCCCCCCCCCCCCCCCCCAUAUAUAUGUACUACAUUAUGUCCAAUAUCUUGUGCUAUCAUUAACUGCCCUAUCUCUACCCGUAACAUUAUGUGAGUACAAGACAUUUUUUUUGGUCCAGUCUGUCAACCCUGACAUUUCAUAUAAAUCCAUUUGGAUUUCCAUAGCUUUAAUCACUGGAAUCUGAAAGUCCAGUUGUUGGUUUAAAUGGAUUUGUUACAGUAUGCUGACAAGUUAAGUGUGAUGCUAUAAAUGAUAUGAUUAACUGAACAUGACAGUUGUAUUUUCUAAUGGUUGUUGCUUGAACAUUAGAGGUCGAACUAGAUGCUUGUUUUGUUUUGUUUUUCAGUGCGAGUUUGGUUUUUGAUGAUUGUGUUAAGAGAAUUAAUGGAAUCAGAUUUUGUCAAACCGAUUACCUCUGUACAAUGUUUGGCAUGGUAACUUGUCAUUGUCUAAAUUGGUAACUGGUCAUAUAUUAGGUCACCGUUUUCUUUUAAUACAAUAUUGUUUAUGUCAGUACUAGCCCUGUGCAUCUUAGCUUCAUUGUCACAUACGAUUGGUUAAAAUGGCUGUGGAAUGGGAUCUCACAAAGCAGAAAACAUAAGAAUCCCCAACAUUUUAGCAAUGAAAAAAUUAAAGUCUGAAAAUACAUUAUAUAGAUGAAGCAAACUCAAAGACAAAAGUAUGUUUUGUUCGGGUUUUUUAAGAAGGAUUUAGAGUUACAUAACAAUAUAAUAUAAAAUCACAUCAUGUCCUUUUUUUAAAUUAGUACUAAGUAGAUAUGUAGUUAACAAUAUACUGUACUUCUGUUAUGUUAAGUUGUAACAGACCAAAAAUUUAUAAAUUUAUUACAAUCACAUCUUGUAUAGACAAUAUCUUUUCGUAAUAUGAUAUGUGUCAACUCCUUGCAUUCAGUCUAAACGGUAGAUAUCGGUAAAUUACUUUAAAUAUUAGUAAUUUAAUUAUUAAUAUAAAUAACAUGAAAUGGAUCAUUAUUAUUCCAAGUUAUAAUCCAAAUUUUGAGCUUCACUACAGCUAUUUUAAACCAGUGAAUUUGGCAACAAAUCAACACAAAAUUAAAAAACCCAAAAAUUAUCCAGUGGCAGAAACAGCUAUAGGGAAAUCUCCUAACAUUUGACAAUUUAUAGCACGGGUAUAACAGUCAAGCUUUAGUUCAAGCACUGAUCAUGAAAAUAUUAGUAUUGAGUCCAUGGUCAGUUCAAGUUUGAAAUCAAGUGAAGACUAAACUUUAUAUGUGCUGUAUGGGUAGGGGGGGAGGGAAUACGACACUGACGUACUGAUAAGUCCAAGCAUAGUCUUGAAUUUAGUUCAUUUUCAUUUUAUUCAUAAUUCAGUUUCUUUUCUUAAACUUGUGCAGUUACUUUUCUAAUUAAGUCAAAAGUAAAUAUUGAUUUAAUUUUUGAUUUUGUUUUUGGGUGGCAAGUCAGAAAAUACAAAGUCCAUGCGCAUGUUUUGGUGAACAUGAGUAAAAUGGAGGACAAUAUUUAAAUCAGAUUGUAGUGAAAUGAUCCAUGCACACUACAGGUAUUUCAAAUUUACUUUUAAACAUGUUUUAAGCAUGUUAUAAAUAUGAAACCUACAACAUCAAUGUUUUACGCCAUUUUUAAUUACUAUCAAAACUGCAUGUAUUCCAUGCACCCAUUUUUAUCAAACCAAUGUGUUUAAUGGUUUGUUUGUGAGGACAAAAAUCAAAUGACCACUGAGACCAUGUGAAGCAUGUUUAUUAUUUUUUUCAUUGCACACAGCCUCGGCACCAAAUUAUUUAAUUAUCUGAAAGACAUAACUCACAGGCUUGGACCUAUCACAACAUGGACAGUAUUUCUGGCUGAAACAUACUUUAUUUCUGAGAAUACAUAUUUCUGUACACUCAGUGUGUCCUUGGGCCUAUCACAACAUGGACAGUACAUCUGGCUGAAAAAUACUUUCUUUGUUUGAAUAAGUAUUUCUGUACACAGGUGUAUUAUUGUUUUUGUUGUGAUGUCCACAACAGUUCUUUCAGAAUGAUGAUGUUGCAGGGUUUUUGUAAAAACAUUUUGAAAUAGACAAUGAGGAUGUUUGUAAAGUCACAUCAGUCGCCAGUGUCAGGAUUCACUUGUCUCCAUAGGAAACGUGCUGGGGACUGGCGAAGGAAGUAUGCACCCACAAACAAACAAUUCACAAGACGAGAUACGAAGAUGAUUCUGUUUCAAGUUUUAGCCACAAAGUUUCAUUGAGUGUUGAAAGAAACCAGUUCCUUUAACAAUAAUAUUUCCUCUUCACAUCAAGCCAUAGACACUUUUAUAUCUGUUGAUUGUGCAGGGAUAUGAAUUCAUAACAAAUACUUGAAAACAUUUCAUUCUCAAGUGAAUGAUCUAAAUAAUAGAUUUUUUUGUUUUAUAAACAAUGUGUAGUCCUGUUUUAUAGCUUUUGUAAUUCAUCUAGGACUGUUUUCAUUUUGUUGUUGUAGAAAUGAUACAACUGCAUGCGAAGGCCACAAACAUUAGUGACACCGUGGGCUUGUUAUAGAAGUGUGUGUUCCAAAGUCCUGUUCCACAAAGCUAUCUUAAUGCUAAGAUCACUUUAAGUGCAUAUGUUAGCUGUGCAGUUAGAGUGAUCUUGUGGCUAAGAUCGCUUCGUGGAACGGGGCACAGUACACUAAGUACCAAAUGUUCGUUCCACUGGUGUCCACGUCAUUCAAAAUACUCACUUUCAACAAGUGAUUUUCAUGCCAGUCAUCUCGUUUAGACAAAAAGUCCACCAUCUUUUCAAAUCAUGGGGGUUUUCUUUUAUUCUUUUUUUUGUGUAUCGGUUAUAGAUCAGCACUUUACUUUUUAAAAAGGAAGAAAACAUUUUCAGGUCUUUCCCUUGAAGAAAUUAUGAAGUAUAGUUGCCUUAUUUAUGGCCUAUUUUUUUUUAUAGGUGUAGUAUAUAUUGUUUUCGUUAAUAAAAUGAAAUAUAAUGAGUUAUUCAUUGUUGCGUUACACAGCCACAUAUCUACGAAGGUUGAUUGUCUACACAAUAUUGUAUAUGUGUGCAUGCAUACCUACAUCAAUCAACCUUGUAGCAUAGUUAUUCAUGGAGAUAAUGGUGGGUUUUUUUCAUCAUUCCAUUGAAAGAAUGUCCCGAAAUAAUGUUUAUUUAAAUUGUAAUAUCACCCUAGUAAAUUUACUUUUGUGGUUUAAAAUGCCCUAUAUAUAUUUUCAUUAUUUUAUUCUUCAUGUGAAGGCUGUAAAUUCAAGCUUGUAGGGAAAAAUAAAUCAUAUAAUAAUGUAAUACUUAAGAUUUUGAUAAUAAUAUAAUACUUAAGAUUUUGACAAGUAAUUAACAUAAUAUAUACUUUUAUUAUUAUUUUUUUUAAAUGAUAAAUUAAUUAUUAAGUCUUAGCUCAGUCUGAAUUUGUUAUUGUAAAAGAAUAAUUACUUUAAUGGGUUUUUUUUAUCUGUUGUGUUUUUCUUUCUUUUUUUUCUCUUUUUUUUUAAGCCCAUAUGUAUACAUGUACCUGUAUUAACUUAUUUUAUAGUCUCUAAAGCAACUUGACAUGGAUGAUUGAAUCAAAAGUCGGUGACUGAAUUAGUCAACAUGUGUAAAUUCAAUAAUCUUGAAUGGAACAGGUAGUUCACGAAGUGUUAUCUUUGUUGAUUUUGUUCUGGAUUUUUUAGUUUGUUUUGCUUUCAAAUAGGAAAUAUUUGGACUUUGAUCUUUGGUUGACACCUAAUAACUGAUGUAUUAUUCUUGCAAAUAGGAACAGCAAGCUAAAUGUUUAUUGUUUAUGGAUGAUUAUUGUAAGAUGUACUUAAAUCACAAUAUCAAACACUCUAUAAUACCAACUAUUCUGCAGGUUGAUAGAAUUUCUAUACAUGUGUAAUAAACCAUUGUUAAGUUUUUAAACAAUAUUUUGGAGGUUGUUAAAUUAAAAACCUUUCAUUAUUCAGUGGAAUUUUAAUAUGGUUUAUAUACAGCUUAAGAGAUAAUUAAAUAAAUUUAGAGUACAUGUAGGUGUGGGAUAUAUUUGAUUUGACGUGCCGGUGAUAAAUAUGUGAAUACAUAGUCAUUAAUCUUACUGUGUAUACAGGUAACCCAGGCUCGUGGUGGUUUUCAGUGUAGAGGACGAUUAUAGAUGUGUACCAGUCUUCUUCAUACAUGUGUAGCCACAGAUUUCAACUUGUUAUUCUAAUACUCACAACGCUUUCUCAGUAUUAACGAAAAUAUAUGAUUGGUGUCAGAUACACUUAAUAUCUUGUUCUCAUUUAUAAAGAUAACGUUUUAAAAAAUAUGUUGCUAAAGAUAAUCCUGUGAGGGGGGUAGCUUGAUUGAUGGUUAAUAAAAUUAACUUUACAUUGAUAUACUGGUAGCUGGGAAGGAAUCGAAUUGCUCAUCUUCACUUUCACAGAGGGAAUUUUGAACAGCUGUUAAGUGAGUGGCAUUUUGCCCAUUUCCGUUGACUGGUUAGGUGAAGCCACGUGGUGGUGAAGAGGUCUGUUAGUAGAGGAGGUUUUCUUUAAUCUCUGUUACUGGUCGAGUAUUAACAUUUCCUUCAUGAACAUCAGUAGAUCUGAAUAUGUGAAAAAAAGACCCAGCAGACUGGUGAAAAUAUCUCUAACUUUUAAAUAUCUUAUUGUUGGCUGCUAGGACCCUGCAUUAUUAAGCAGUUUUAUUGUCUGGCUGUCAAAAGUGAAUAAAAAGAUAGCAUUAGUCUCUAUUAAUUAAGAAAGUGGGUAAUCCAUUUGUACUUCUAAAAGAGACCAUUUUGGUCCUAGUUGAGGGGAAGGGUGGUGUAUUAAUAUAAAAUGUGGUGAUUUGUACUUGUCAAGUCAGUUUCGGUGGUGGGGGAAUCUAUUGAACUAAGUAUGGUGGUGAUUUGUACUCCUAAUUAAGAAUGACAUUGUGGGGGUGAGGGUGGGGAAGCUUGUAUGUUUGGUUUUGAUACGGAUGAUUGACAAAAUAGAGCAAACGUUCACCUCACCUGUUAUUGUUGUGUAACAGGUGAUGUUGCUGAAGAAACCUCCAAAGAUUUUUUUGCUUAUAAAAUUUUGUUCUGCUUUUAGUCGAGUAGGUGAAUUGUAAUGUUUUGUUAUAUUACCUGACACGGAUCAGAGAUAAUGUUUUCCAACCCUGAUUCUCACUUCUAGUCACUAAUGUCUAGUACGCUUUAUCAGACGCUUUAUCAGACCCGUAACAAGUAUCAGCUGAAAACAGUUGAUGUCAUUGUAACAAAGUAAUACUUUCAAAAGUGAAUGCAAGUUCUUGUUUACGGCUUGGCAAUCUCUGUACACACAGUUGUUUUAUUAAUGGCGUUUAUGCCUAUAUUAUAUUAUGCAACACGACUCAACACGUCGCAUUGGGAACCACAUUGAUGAUGGCCAUUAUCUGCCACCGAAUUUGUGUCUAAUGCCAUUGGGCAGAAUAAGUCUGUUGCAGAGGACUGCCUUUUCAGUACACGAUGCAAUGCCACUCAACUAUCGAGUUACUCAAUGCAUAAUGUGAUAUAGGUUUUAUGUUAAAAUUGUUACUUGUCUAGUGUUGAAUUUCUGGACCAAAACAGCUUUCUUUCUUUCUUUUUUGUGGCAGGAUUUUAAAAUCCUUCAGUUUUCUACUUUUGGGCAGUAGCAUUAACAAUUUGCCAACCGAGAAUUGCCUACAUCUAUCUGCAAUGUGUUUGACAUUGCGUAUAGACCGAAUUAAUUCUUGGUGGACGACUUCUUUUGACUCUGUAAUGCUAGGUUCAAACUUAAAUGUUGUAAUUUCCCGAACUAUGACGUGUUUGCUCACAGUAACAACUCAUGGGUUAUACGACGAGAAUCGAGUGUAAGAGUCCUCAGACUAGCAACUGGACAAUCGUAGAAGUUGUGACAGCAGAAACUUGGCCAACUUUGUGCUGGCAGUUGGUAGUCUUAGCCUAGCAUAAGUCAUACCUUCUGAUUUGGGCAAAGUAGAAGAGGGUUUUUAAAUUUGAUGUUCACAUCCAAGAAAUAGUUGCUUGAUGAACAGUGUUUUGACAGAUAUUUGUGUUGUGCACAACCAAUAAGAAUGAGUCCAGCACAGACCGCGACCCCUCUCACGUGUUGUGUGAGUGACUGGUGGGUAGUCACUCUGAGCACAACCAGUAAUACAGUUAGGGACCGCUUUUUAAAUAUGUACACAAUAUAUCAAAAUAUACUGAAAAUGCAUAAUGUGUUUUUUUUUAAAUGGUGCCGAAAAAAUAAAAUAAUGUAGAAUUUUGUGCCAGUGGAUAUUUGUAUAAAGUUGAAAAAUUCCACUUGUGAAUAAUAAUAAUAAUAAUAAUAAUUAAUAAUAAUAAUAAUAAUAAUAUGCUGUAUACUCUGUAUUAUAGACUGAGCCAUUCUUAACUGUAAGCAGAAUGAUUGGAUCUUAACAAUCAUCUAGCCUAGAUAUUUAUCUUGGAAAUAUGUAUUUUCAAAUAUGUAAAAUAAAAAUACAGUGUCA